AUGGAGACAUAUAUAAAGGUUUAUAAUUGGCUUGUAGAUUCCAAUGGCACAAUCAAACCGGCUAAAUUGAGUGUGAGGGAGACUAUGGAACGGCCCAAUGGUAGAAGGAUCAUGCUUAGGUUCAACAAUGAAAAGCAAGCAAUUGGAGAUGAAGCUGGACUGUUGAGUGACAUUCUUGGUAUGCUGGGAUCUAACUACGGAAAAUUUCCUAUCUGUGAGGAAAGUUGGCGUCAUGUUACCACUAAAGACAAAGUCUAUAACGAAUGUGUCAAGCAAAUCUUUCAGUUUGAUGAAGAUAGUGAAGGAGUUAUAAGAAAAAAUAUUUUGAAAAGUAUGGGAAAGUCCUGGAAAGAUACGAGGCUGAGGUUGUAUGAUGAUUGCUACGACCUAACAUUGUCGACUGAAGAAAAUAUCGAGAACCGUCCGCCGGAAAUUGAUCUAGAUCACUGGAGAUGGUACCUUGAUUAUCGCGCCAAACCUGAGACAAAGGAAAAAUGCGAUAAAUCGAUCAAAACAACUGUAUACCCACACUGGCGGUUUGAAAAGCCUGGCUCGGCGGAGGGAAGAAGAGGUAGUUCAGAACAAGAAGGAAGGAUAGUCGAUAGAGGAGAGUUGUGGAUCAAGGUUCACAAAAGAAGGGAUGACUCUUAUAUUAAUGAUGAGGCAAGAGAAAUUGGUGAAAGACUUCUGGAGAUUGAGCAACAGGAUGAGUCUUCUAGAGUGUUGUCUCAAAAUGAUUCUAUUGCUCAGAUUUUCGGAAGGGAGAAACCGGGUAGAGUGCGUGGAGUGGGUUUUGGACUGACUCCUAGUCAACUCUUUGGUACAAAUUUGCAACCGUCAAUAAACAGAGUCCAAGUAGAAGAGACGCAAAGGAAGCUGAAUGAACUACAGACAGAACUGGAAGCCGAGAAGUUGAAAAGGAAGGCGAUGGAAGAUGAAGCAGCAGCAGACAAGAAAAGGAUAAAGGUAAUGGAGAGUGCAUUGAUUUAUCUUUUUCAACGGCAGGAUGAGGAGCUGCCACCAGAGAUUGCUGCAGGGAUGUGUUCAAUGGAAUGA